UGCAUUCAUUAUGUUUGGCACCGUCGACGCGGCCACAACACAAUUCUCUCUGAAUCCGAAAGAUCUUCGUCACGUUGAGAUUGUCAAUUCUUCUAAAUUCUAAAGCCGACUUACGAGACGCGUGUGUGAGUGUAUGUGCUUGUGUGUAUUGCAAUUUGAAUGAAAAUGUUUGAAAUGUGGAUUUGUGUACCAAGCUGCUGACACCUGUUUGCCAAGAACUAGAGCUCUGAGUUGACCUUUAGCUGCGAGAGUUACUUUUCAAUUGUAUGCAAUAAAUAACAAAAUAUAUGCAAAUAUUUCAAAAUAAACGACAGAAUGUUAUCGCCGCAUUUUCGCCACCUAAUUGUGCUGCUAAGCCUGAGCGCAGCUGUCUUUGCCGAUGAGUCAAUAACUGCGGAACGCAACCACAAGAAACGUCAGAUCUAUCGAGAGCAAGUGCUGCCACAUGCGGGUGGCAAGAUACCCGACACCGCCUUUGAAACCGAUCGACUGUUUCUGAACCGCUUGCAAAAGGAGGGCAUUUCCGUGCCAGAUGGCAUUGUGCCCGAGCAACGCAAUCCACAGGUUUACCAAUACUACAACAAGCCCAUGCGCACCGUUUACCACAUAGCGCUCAGCUCCGAUGGCCGUUAUACGCCGCGAGAGGGUCGCUAUCAGUACCGUCAGGUGCCCAGCGUGGAGACUACCUAUCUGUAUCCGCAGGCCGUGGGCCAUCCGUAUGUGCUCGUGCCGCCCAAGCAUGCAUUGCCCAGCUACCGUCAACUGCAGCUGCACAAUCCGUUGCUCAAUCAAGUGAAAUUCCAGCCCAAGAAAGUGCCCAAUUUUCUGGAACUGGCGCCCACCGUGGGCAAGAGCCAUGCAUCGAGCGCAUCAGGCAAGGCGCAGUCCUAUCAAAAGGUGAAUCUCUUGCAUGGCCAAGCGGUGCCUGCGUUCAAGAAAACAGCCGGUGGGAGUAAGACCUAUGUGGAUAGCUAUGGCAAGACUCACCUCUUUAGUGAAUUCGACGAUUUGCUUAACAAGCUCGACUUGAAUCCAGCAGGACACAAGUUGUAUUAGUUUGUCCGUUUGUUUUUCUCUAAGCGCAUAAAUUAUAAGCCCUAGAAUUUAAGACAUAACAAUAGACAAUUCGUGACAAUUAAAAACAAAAUCUUCGUUUAUGGUUGAGCUUAUAGAGUAUUAAGUACUUAUUGUAACCAUGCCAAUGACGAUCCGUUUACACGCCAUUCAAUUAUUUUAGCCAAGUUGAAUGUACUUUCCAUUUACUGUUAUUACACUCGAUCAUAUCAUAUUUAAUAAGUAUUUCUUGUAUUUAAGUCAGCCGCAAAUUUGUUAAGCGUAAAAAAAAUGUUUGCUUGCAAAAUAAACCAUAUUGCAUUAUGCUUUCCUGCACAAGCAAUAACUACUUACUACAUAUGCAUAAGAUACUUAUGCUUAUCAUCGUUAUAUGUACCUAAAGUUUUACUGUACUAUUUAGGCAGUGCGAUCUGUUUGUUCAAUUGCGAAGCAAAUAUACAAAAAC